CGCACUAUCAUCAUUAUUUAUAGUAUUUAUUUAUUUUCUUUUAUUUUUAUUACACUUACUCUUCAUAAUGUUUAGUCUACAUUGUUAAAUAAAAUUAGAGAUAAGAUAACGUUUAGUUUGCCUCAGUGCCUCGGGAACAAUGUCAGCGUACGGACCAGAGCAUCCUCGUAACCUUAUCCCAGAGCUAUGCAAUCAGUUCUAUCAUUUAGGAUGGGUAACGGGAACUGGCGGUGGCAUCUCCAUAAAAGAUGGGGAAAAGAUCUACAUAGCACCAUCAGGGGUACAGAAGGAACGAAUGAAGUCAGAUGACCUUUUUGUGCAGACGAUUAAUGAUGAAGAUCUGGAACUUCCACCUCCGGAGAAACAGCUGAAGAAGAGUCAAUGCACACCUCUGUUCAUGCUGGCGUAUAAGGAGCGCGGCGCCGGCGCCGUCAUCCACACUCACUCGCCCCACGCCGUUCGCUGCACGCUGCUCUAUGACAAGGAGUUCACCAUCACCCACCAGGAGAUGAUCAAGGGAAUAAAAGACGCCAAACUGGGUCGGUUUCUGCGCUACGACGAGAAGCUAAUCGUCCCCAUUAUUGAGAACACGCCUUUCGAGCGAGACUUGGCUGGCAGUCUCGGCGAGGCUCUGAGGCAGUACCCUGGGACCAGUGCUGUGCUGGUUCGGAGACACGGGGUUUAUGUGUGGGGGGAUACUUGGCAGCAAGCCAAAACUAUGACAGAAUGCUACGACUACCUGUUCGAGAUGGCGGUAGAGAUGAAGAAACUUGGCCUGGAUCCUACGUUCAACCCGGAAGUCCAGAAUAAACCUGCUAACUAAGGAAACUAUUGAUUGGCUGCUAGUAUGUGCGAAAUGUUCGAUGGGUAAAGAACUGUGGACCAAUUAUCUACAGCAUCUAGCUUCAUAUAAAUCCUGACGAUUUGACGAAUGAUCACCGUGUAUUUUUUGUAAGAUUGUGCGGGUUCGCCAGAUCUGGACGGAGUCCUUCUUAGCAACUAAACGGCAAAAUAAACCACAUUUUUUCGCUAAGGUGAUAAAGCAAAAUAAAACUAUGUGACAAUAAUAUGAAUAUAUACUGAUUUAUACAUAAAUUAAUUGGUUUAUUAGAAAAUACAAUUCCCCUAAUGAGGGCGCCACUGGACGGUCG